AUGGUUAAUGUGAUGAUCAUGGUUGCUGGUUUUCAAGAUUAUCAGGAGAGAGGAAAGUACCUUCUGAUCAUUAGCCAUGGGUUUAGGUUUGAUCAACUCUUCAUUUUUUUCCUGAUCAUUCUUUCAAGCUUGUGGAGUUGUCAUGUUGCUGCAGCAGACAAUAUUGGGGACACACUCGAAAUUGGCGACACUCUCAAUUCCUCAAGUGCUUUAGUUUCUGCCUCCGGGAAGUUCAAUUUGCUUUUCUUGCCAAACGCUUCAAAUUCCAACUACAGCUAUCUAAAUAUCAGGCGGCCAAAUGGAAUUGGUGCAAAUAAGGCGUGGGUUGGCAACCGAGACUCGCCUGUUUUAUACCCUUUUGGAGUUCUUACCUUGGACUCCAACAACACAUUAAAAAUCAUUACAAACAAUGAAGGUGGCGGUGGCGAUCCUCCUAUAGUGCUUGGCUCUGCGCCAAAAAGUAGUAGUAAUGUUGUGGCUACUUUGUUGGAUUCUGGGAAUUUUAUCCUGCAAGAGCUGAACUCUGAUGGAUCAACAAAGCAGGUGUGGUGGCAGAGUUUUGAUUAUCCAACAGACACCUUUUUACCAGGCAUGAAGUUAGGUGUCAACCAUAGCAAUGGGCACAUUUGGUCUCUUACGUCAUGGACUGACUUCUUCUAUCCACUGUCUGGGCCUUUCACCCUUGGUUGGGACCCAAAUGGUCGCCAAUUGGAAAUUCGUGGACGAGGGGUGGUUUAUUGGAGAAGCGGAAACUACAACACAAGUAGUAAUAGAUUUGAAUUUAUCAUACCGGAUCAAAGGCUUAUGUUCAAUUAUAGCAUUGUUUCAAAUGAGAAGGAAGAGUACCUCACUUACACAGCCAGUGAUGAUGAUCAAAAUGGUUAUUUAGCAGAAUGGAUGCUGAACUUCGAUGGCAGACUCUUUAAUUAUUAUGGAUCAGCACUUGACAUUGCACGAGCAGAUGAAUGUGGCAAUAACACUGAUGGACUAGGGUGCCAGACAAAUGAUCAGCUAACUGAUUCUUGUAGGGCGGAGGGUGGCCAACAAUUUCAGCAAAAAAAGGGUUACUUUAAACCAAUCAUCUUGAGUUCCACUUCAAGAUGCCCGUACUGGCUUAAGGAUGUUUCAAAUACAACCUCUAAUAUUACUAGUACUGAUUGUGAGGACACUUGCAGGCAAAACUGUGACUGCCUUGGAUUCGAUUUUCUAUCUCUGUAUCCAACUGGAUGCCGAUUUUGGAGUUAAGAUUGUGAAUUCCUUGAAGACCUCGAUCAACCGGGUACUGCAAGUAGUUUUGUAAGAUCAAUGGCACCAAAAUCAUCACCCAGCAACAAUAGUGCAACAAGUAAAUGGAGUUGGAUUGGGGCGGCUAUUACUGCCACUCUUGUGGUAAUAGCCUUUUGCAUCUUGUGUCAUCUACGAAGAAGAAGAAAAUCAGA